GCAAAGUUAGCAUGUCAUAGCAAGCCCGUAAGUAAGCAAGGGUUAGCUUAUCUGGCUGGCUGUGACAAGUGGAAAUUACUGCUGCCAAUAGCUUCUCGUCCAGGCGACUCUCGGAAGUGCAUUCCGCAUCAAGAAUCUUGUAAAAUAAGCAACUUUAAGUUGGUGUUUGCUCAAUUGUUCUUCACCUGAAAACUUCAGGCAGUGUUGACAGGCUAGCAAGAAAACCAUGUCUUUCAUACCCGGUGAACCAGUUACUGCUGUUGUGCAACGAAUCGAAAUACAGAAACUGCGGCAGGGGGAAAACCUGAUUUUGGGCUUCAGCAUUGGAGGUGGGAUAGAUCAGGAUCCAGGACAGAAUCCCUUUUCGGAGGACAAGACUGACAAGGGUAUCUAUGUGACAAGAGUGACGCCGGGAGGACCAGCUGAAGUGGCAGACCUGAGGAUGGGGGACAAAAUAAUGCAGGUCAAUGGCUGGGAUAUGACCAUGGUGACUCACGACCAAGCCCGCAAAAGGCUGACCAAGAAGAACGAGGACGUUGUGCGACUACUGGUGACCAGGCAGGGACUGGAGAGCGCUGUGCGGAACGCCAGGAUGUAAUAUAGAUGGAUGAUUCCAACGCAGAAUCAUUCCAAGGACCAUCAUACUCACACAGCCAAACAACCACUACAACCACUUGCAAUCAGAUGUAUGAACUAUUUGGUUUAAAGGUGAUUCCCCCUCCCCUGUUUUACCAGAAGGACGCAAGCAUGAGUGAUGUGCUUCAAACAUUCAAGUAGACUGAUGCUUUGAACAACUGUUAAACUGCCAAAGUGGAAAGUCACAAAACAGCUUGUACCAUCUUAAGGGGCUACUUGCGGUCCUUUUGUUUUUUAUAUAUAUAUCUGUGUGUGUGUGUUUGUGUGAUUACUUACACAUUCUAAUAUUUUUGAUAAUUUUCAUUGAAUAACACUACUUCAAGAUUUGUUCAAAACGCAUGCUUUAAAAAAAAUCAUACACUUAAUACAUCAUAUAUUUUUCAUUUGCUCUUUUCCCAGAGUUGAUCGUUUUUUUUUUUAAUUCCCUGCUCAGUAUUGUUUUCAGCUCUUGUGUCUUUGCGUACAGUAUACACUAGGAAUGCAAAUAGUAUUUUUAAAAAUGUUAUGCCUAAUUACCGGUGUGUGACCUUAAUAUCUUAGUGAUUGUCUUUCUGGGUGACCACGAACUCACCCAAAAUCCACUUCAGAAAGUAUAAAGCCCUUUUUUUAUUACUUUAGUCUUUGUCCUUUUCACAGCUUAAAGAAGAUUAGACCGUGGAUUCCCACUGUCAAUAGUCACUUGCUAUAAUGUGUAAAGAGAAGGUCACAUAAGGACGAAUAACAAAUCCAUUUGGCAUUUUUUUAAAAACAUUAGCAGACAUUUAGCUGCCUGAAACAGAUAAUCGUAUGUGAAGAUUUAAAAAUGCACCUGUCACAAUUUCUUUUUCCCCGCCAUAUGCCGUUCACAUAGGAUCAAAAUAUUUAAAUACAUUAAAAUAUGUUCGAAAAAUAUCCACAUUCAUGUAACCAAGGCCAAAAUAAUAAUAGAAAAAGACACGUAUAUGUAGUCCCUCAAUGGACAUGUACUAAGUGACUAAUGGAUCAUUUCUCCAACUUCUGAGUGCGUCUGCACAAUGUGUUGCAUGCUGUGGUCAUUGGGAACUGCUGGUUCAGAGAUGGUUCUUUGAAAUGUGUGUCUGGCCUUUUACUUUCUGAAGAUGAUUUUAUGGAAGUUGUGAGUUUUGGUUCUUGUUUCUAAUCCAAACUUUGUAGUACACACAAUGACAGAUCAUGAACAAAACAUGCGGCGAUGGGCCAUUUUUAUACAAUUCAUAAUAGGAAUGUACCUGCGUCGUGGCUAUGUACUUGUACACUUGCCUAUGGUCAGUUUGCCUCUGUCUCUGUGCAUUAGGUAGGAAUGCUUCUUCAGCAACUUCUUAAAAUGAACAAAGAGACAUUUUGACAAUCUCAUCCUAGUCACAAGUCUACUGAUUGCUCAACACACUCCUCUGAUACCCUUAAUGCUGGGUACAUUUUCAAGCUGGAUUUUGCUUGUGGUACAUGUUCAAUACAUUCAAGGCAAUCCUUUCUAGAUCUCUGUAAUUUAAUUGUAUUUUUUUAAACACUUUGGUUUCAGAAUAAAAGUUACCUCUCUUUUUCCAAAGUAAUGAAUAAUAUGUUGUUUAGCAGUCCAGAACAAGAAUGUUGACAUGCCAAAUGCAGCCUUCUCAUGUAAAGACAAAUUUGCCUUGGAAAUAGUCCUAUUCAUAUUUACAUCACUGUGUCAUACUACAUUCAUUUCAGUCAGUAUACACUGGCUCUCUUUUGCACUUCUUUCCAAAACUGAUUCACUAGAACUUGCUGCAAUCUACCGUUCGAAUCAUUAUUUUGGUAUUAACAUUUGGACAGCUGAUUGUAUGUUUGGUUUUUUAUAUGAACUUUAUAAAAUGAUUUUCUUACUUGU